AUGCCAACCAAGGCAGAAUGGUUGACAGCCCAAGUGGCGCCUACCAAAACAGCUCUCAACGACGGCGAUGGCUGCCAUGCAGACGAGGCAAAAAGCCUAACAGAUUAUCUAGAGGACAAAUCAACAGCCCAAGAAGCCGCAACGGCCUUCACAGCACCUCUCCUUGCGGAAGACGACCCAGCCGCCUCACUCUUCCGUCCGAUGGGUCUGCUGUGCGAAGCCUUGGUAGAGCUCGGUGACGACCGUGACAAGCUUCUAGAUCUUCUCGCUGCCAUGCAGCAGCUCCCGCCAACAUCAGACAUCAACUGGCGAGACCUCCCUGGCUUCGGAAACAUGUGGAGUGACUUGUAUAGGCUGUACACUCAUGGAUCAACACCGUGGGAGAAGACGGAACUCUCUGACGAACGAAGGCUUGAGUUACAGCAGCACUUUGAAGCAACUGGGAGUGUGGAAGCGGAGUUGUAUCUUCGAGGGUUGGAUGGUGUGACGGCGCGUUGGGGAUACGAGACGCUGAGCUUGAUAUGUGCGAGGCGAGUAGGCGUGGAGGUUUUCAUAGGUGCUAUGUAUGCGUGGUUGAAGGUGGCGGGUGAGAAAUUGAAGGGGGAUUUGAGGCAGGAUGAGGUUUGUAGGUAUGGUGAGGAGAGGAGGAUGGGUGAUCAUUGGGAGAUGUGGAAGAGUGCGUUUUUGGAGGGUGCUGGGGAUGGGAGUUGGGGGAGUGAGGCGAGGAGGAUGGCUUUGGAGUGUCAUGAGUUGAUGAAGUGA